AUGGCGGACGACGAGGUGGUAGAGGUGCGCGCAGGGGGGGACGACGAGCAGGGCGAGGUGAAGGACGGCGCAAGCGAUUACGAGGACUACGGCGACGAGGACGGCGACGAUGACGGCGACGAUGACGGAGAUAAUUACGGGGAUGAGGAGGAGGAAGAGUCGGAGGAAGAGGUGGAGGAGGAUACGCAAGGGGUGGUUGAGGAGGAGGAGGUGCAAGAGGCGGACACCCCGCGAGGAAACGACAGCCAUUCGGCUCCUCGCUUUCGCCGGCCACUGUUCGUUCUCACACCUCUUUCCGCUCUCCCGCCUCUGCUUUCUCCCUCCCCUCGCCAUAACGCCGGCACCACCAACGGCCGCGCGAAUGUCGCCACCGGCACCAACCGAUCCCGACCGUUGCAGGUGCUGUCGGAGGCGGACAUAGUGCGGAAGCAGGCGCGGCUUGUGCGCGAGAUCGUGCUGUCGGAGGCGGACAUCGUGAAAAAACAGGCGCGGCUUGUGCGCGAGAUUGUGAGCUUCCUCAACGUCUCCGACUCCGCCGCCGCGCUGCUGCUGCGCUCCUUCAAAUGGAGCGUCAACCGCGUCACCGACGCGUGGUUUUCGGACGAGGAGGGGGUGCGCAAACGCCUGGGGCUAUAUGCGCCCGCCUCCCCCCCAGAAGCGUCGUCCUCCGCGGCUGUCCCCGCUACAGUGCGCUGCGGUAUCUGCUUCGACGACCAACCCCUCGAAUCGACGGUCGUGAUUGCGCUGUGCGGGCAGCACCGCUACUGCGUGCCCUGCUGGCAGACCUACGUGGCAUCCGCCAUUGCUGACGGGGCGGGGUGCCUGUCGCUGCGCUGCCCUGCGCCCAAGUGCGGCGCAGCAGUGGAGGACGCGCGCAUCCUCGCGCUCCUCGCGGACGCGGCUGCGCCCGCUCAGGGGGACGCGCUGGGGGAGGGCCGGGGGGAAGCGGCAGCAGCGCAGCGGUACCGGCGGUACCAGCUGCGGUCGUUUGUGGAGGCGAGUGAGAGCGUCAAGUGGUGCCCCUCGCCCGGCUGUGACUUCGCCAUCCACGCUGAAGGGGGCGCGCCCAUCUCCCGCGCCCUGCCAGGCGCGGGCGCGCGCGGGGGGAAGCUGAAGGGGGUGAUGGCGGAGGAGGAGGAGGAGGGCGGAGGGGGAGGGGCGGUGUGGGGCGGGAGCAGGAGCCGGGACGUGCGGUGUGCGUGUGGGCACGAGUGGUGCUGGCACUGCCUGCAGGAGCCCCACCGGCCAGUUGACUGCGAACUCGUGCGCAAAUGGGUCGUCAAAAACAGUGCGGAGUCGGAGAACAUGAAGUGGAUUCUGGCGAACAGCAAGGCGUGCCCGCGGUGCCAGCGGCCGAUAGAGAAGAACCACGGGUGCAUGCACAUGACGUGCUCGCCGCCGUGCCGCCACGAGUUCUGCUGGCUCUGCCUUGGCGACUGGAAGGACCACGGCGAGGGCACCGGCGGGUUCUACGCCUGCAACCGCUACGAGACCAGCAAGAAGAAGGGCGAGUACAACGUGGAGGAGGAGCGGCGGCAGCGCGCGCGGCAGUCACUGGAGCGGUAUCUGCACUACUUUGAACGGUGGGCCAGCAACGAACAGUCGUGGCGGCGCGCACAGGAGAGCCUCAAAGAGCUGACCCCCUCGUCUCCCCAUUCCCACUCUCGUUGGCAGGUGGAGCAGCACCAGGCGGAGCAGCUGAGGGGGCUGAUGGGGUUACCAGCGGCGCAGAUGAAGUUUCUAUCGGAGGCGUGGCAGCAGAUCAUAGCGUGCAGGCGCAUGCUCAAGUGGACCUACGCCUAUGGCUUCUACCUCUCCGACCACCAGCCCGCCCGCCGCAACCUCUUUGAGUACCUCCAGGGCCAGGCAGACGCAGCGUUGGGGUGGCUGCACAAGGCGGCAGAGAAGGAUGUGGAGGCGUUUGUGCCCUCGCACUUCAAGGGCUGCUUCGACGCGCACGCCAACCCCACCCCCGCCGCCCUCUCCCCCCAGCACCGCCUGUCCGAGUUCCUCGCCUUCCGCUCCCACCUCACGCGCCUCACGGCCGUCACGCGCACCUUCUUCCAUAACCUGGUUACCGCGCUUGAAUCCGGACUCUCGGAGAUUCCCGAGGAUGUGCCGACAGGGGAGGGGGAUGCUGGGGGGCAGGUGGCGGGUGGGGGAGGCGCAGCAGGGGAGGGCGAGUACUGGUCGUGCAUGCACUGCACGUAUGGCAAUCCCACCAGCGCUGGCAGCACCGUGUGUCGCAUGUGCCACCUGCCCCGCCACCCCCACUGA